AUGGCUCAUCCCUCUCCCAGCAGCAGCAGGUGUCUGUCUGCCCCUCUGCCCCCCCCCUCCCUGGGUGACCUCCCUGACCACACAGACCUCCCUGACCACACAGACCUCCCUGACCACAGAGAGACCUCCCUGACCACACAGACCUCUCUGACCACACAGACCUCUCUGACCACACAGACCUCCCUGACCACACAGACCUCCCUGACCACAGAGACCUCCCUGACCACAGAGACCUCCCUGACCACAGAGACCUCCCUGACCACACAGACCUCUCUGACCACACAGACCUCUCUGACCACACAGACCUCCCUGACCACAGAGAGACCGCCCUGA